GGGAUCCCAGCCGCCGCCGCAGCGGCACCACCACCAUCACCAGCCCCCGCAGCGGCAGCCGGCUGCAGCCGCGGCGGCCGCUGACCUGUCGGCCGGGUCGGCCGUGUCCCAGCCCGUGGUGGUGGUGCGCGGUCACCGCAGAGGUCUGUCGGGACCGGCCGCCAUCCACCUCGGCACCGCCGACCAGACCGAGAGGGUCACUGCCGAACAGGCUAGCCAGGUCAUUGCGGAACAGACUGGCCAGGUCACUGCGGAACAUAAUAACCAGGUCACUGAGGAACGUACGGGGCAGGUCACUGCGGAACUAGGUGGUCAGGCCACUGCGGAACAGACUGGUCAGGUCACUGUGGAACAAAACGGUCAGGCUGCUGCGGAACAAACUGUGGAACUAAAUAGUCAGGCUGUUGCGGAACAAAGCGAUCAGAAUGUGACUGAGGAACAAAACCAAAAGACCCCCGUAGAUGAAGGCGGCGAAAUGGCUUCCGCUGAAGACGGAGUUCAGCACCCGACUGAAAAAGACCGCGGUCAGAAGCUCGCCGAGGAAACAGCCAGUGCAGUGACCUCCGAGCGUGAUAUGGUUCCUGCUGACCCGAGUACGACAGCAGACGGCGAACGGAGCGACACGGCGUCCACCGAGCAGACUGUCUCGACUGCGUCUGAGCAGACCAGCGCCGUGCCUACCGCACAGGCCAGCGGAGUGGCCUCUGGACAGUGUAACGAUACCCGCACCAGCACCACGACAUCCGACCAGGCCGAUGUCAUCACGAGCAGCAGCGAGAAAUCACCCAUCAGCCACUCCCCGCGGCCGGGAGCCGAUGGGGCGCCGCGGCUCACGGCGCCGGAGACGAACUCUCGCCGCCAGACGAGCGGCUCUGACGGGCCGGGCGCGCCGCCGACGGACCGUGACCUGCCUGUCGAGCCGACAGAGGUCUGGGAGGACGUCCAGCUGUGAUGAGACGGCGCUGGACCUCACUGGCGAUGAGGAGACCACCAUCGCCCGGCUGAACCCGCACGUGCGGGAGAUGACCUCCGACAUCCUGUACCACCUGGCUCUCGGCUCCGGCUCGCACGACCUGCACGCCAUGUUCGGCGACGUCAAGUUCGUCUGCAUGGGCGGCACUCCGCGACGGAUGGAGCAGUUUGCGCACUUUAUCAUGAAGGAGAUCGGCUACCAGCUGCCCACCGGCGCCCAGCUGCUCGACAUCUCGCUACACUCGUACAGAUACUCCAUGUUCAAAGUCGGACCGGUGCUCUCAGUCAGCCAUGGUAUGGGCAUGCCGUCUGUGGGCAUCCUACUACACGAGAUGAUCAAGCUGAUGUACCACGCCCGGGUGAAGAACCCCACGUUCUUCCGUCUGGGCACGUGCGGCGGCAUCGGCAUCGACGGCGGCAACCUGGUCAUCACGGAGAGCGCCGUCGACGGCCUGAUGAACCCCUACCUGGAGCAGGCAAUCCUGGGAGAGAUCCAGAAGCGUCCUGGUCUCCUGGACCCCGAGCUGGCUGCCGAACUGAAGGCACUUUCCACCCCUGAAGACCCGUGGCAGAUCUACUCAGGGAAGACGAUGUGCACAACAGAUUUCUACGAAGGUCAGGGCCGGCUGGACGGCGCCUUCUGCGACUACACUGAGGAGGACAAGUUUGACUUUCUGCGUAAGAUCCACGCCGAGGGCAUCAUCAACAUGGAGAUGGAGUCUCUGAUGUUCGCCGCGCUGUGUCACCACGCCGGCAUCCGCGGAGCCGUCAUCUGCGUCACCCUGCUCAACAGGAUGAAGGGCGAUCAGGUGACUGCCGAGAAGUCCCAGCAGAUGGAGUGGCAAGAAUACCCUCAGCGGCUGGUGGCGCGCUACAUUCGCCAGCAGCUGGAGGCGGCCGAUGGGGUCGGCUCGGGGGCCGGCGGUCUGAUCCGCUCGCUCUCACAGCUGCACCUGACCAGACAGACGUCUGAGCAGUUCGCCAGCUCCGAGUAGGAGCCGUGCCGCCGAACAGCCGCACAGCGCCGCCGAACUCAGUGUCACCCUCGACCGGACCGCCACCGCUGUCGCCGUCCGUCGCUUCAGCUGCAGCACUGAAUUCAGUUACCGAUAUUCCGAGCAGCGAGCAGUAGCUGUCGCUAUAACCACGCGCCAUAUAACCUCCCGCCAGUGUACUGCACCUGUGAUCUCAGUGGCGAUAUACGGCCAAGUCUAUAACGCGGGGCCAGAGAAAACCUAUAAGGCAUUCCAUAAGAAUCCAAUCUGUGAUCGGUUGGGAUCGGGUCGUUCCUCGAAAUGAGCUUCUUAGUGUAAGGUAUAGAUAGGUCGGUUAGACCAGAUGACUGCCAUCUUACUAGUCUGAUGAUCUCGAUAAAUUUCCGUGUAAUUCUAGUCAUGUGAUCUGUUAUUGUUUUGCUUGUUUUGUGUUUGAGCCUAUACGUAAACUCUAUUCAGCUUUAGCGCACAAUAGACCUGCCCAUUCGGUAGGGUAGCAAUCGUUUUAUCUCAUUCAGGAAUAUGAAUCGUUGAUAUACAACUAACUAUAAGCACACUUCGUGCGAGGUCGUUAGUGAAAACACGGGUGACAUGGCGGAGACCAGGAAGGGCUGGUUGUUGUAUUGUUGUGACCUAAAGCUGGAUUGGUGUGAGUGCUUGUUGUCAUGCUGACAUCCACUCUGUCUUCUUGUGGUGACUUCUGAAGCGGGUUGGUUGAAAGGUCAAGUGUCGAAACAGCUCAGCGAAUGAAAUAAUUGGACGCACUGUGUGUGUCAAAAUGAAUUGUUCGCAUUCCAAUCAAAACUAAGUCUAUUUUGCUAUCUCGAUGCUUAGCUAGUGAGUGCUUGAGUAAGAAACUGGUGGACUGUAUCUAUCCAGGUUAGUGAGCCAUUAAACAUCCAAGCAAAGUGGCGCAGAUCCUCAGAGUUGGUAUACGGCAGAUCAAUAAAUCAAAAGCUCGUUGCUUUGCAAGUGCACAAGAGUAGACAGUUUUGCCAUGUGUAGCUUCACUGCUGUAGACCAAUGGCCAUCAAAAAUAUAAUAAACAUGCCUCAGCCAACGCUA